AUGGCACUACCACGAUUAAUACAAGCGUCUCGACUUCAAUACUCCUUCUUGUGUGCUAAAUUAGCUCGGCAAAAGGCUACUUUCUGUUCUACAGGAAAACUGAGCAUACGUCAACGACCACUACGCCGAACUGUACGGGCUUCUGGCUCAUCACAGCCAGUCGGCAGUUCAUCAGAUAUACCAAACAGCAUAAUAUCAGCACCGGAUCUCGAGUCGAAGGCUCAAGAAACGCUAAGGCAUGAUACUUCAGAAACCGGCAUCGCACCAAACCGUCCCGAAGCCCCAAAGACCCAAAGGUCAAAGCCUACUAAGCCGAAGGGGCCACUACCAAAAGGCAUCAAAGCCCACCAGCAAGUCUUGUUCCAAAGUGAAUCCAUCUGUUUCAAGCAAGGAUUAGAAUCACCAGUCGAUGUGCCCAAAGAAGACAAACCUCCUUUGGUAGCAGCUGGAAAGUUCUUCGAAGAGGGUUGCCAAAUACUCUAUUCUGCUGAAAAUUUAUAUCACCAUCCCCAAAACGACCAUAUCCCAGAGAUCGUGGUACUAGGAGCCUCCAAUGCCGGCAAGUCAUCUUUCCUCAACGCCCUCACCGGUGGCACUGAGAUCGCCAAAGUCAGUCACAAGCCAGGCAAAACCACCACAAUGAAUGCCUACGGUGUCGGACCACGGCCGAAAAUUGCCAAGGAGCUUGUUCGCAAGGGAGAUGUGCCACCGAAACACAGCCUUAUUCUCAUGGAUACACCAGGCUAUGGCUUCAGGAGUCAAGAAGAUUGGGGGAAGACCAUUCUCAAGUAUCUAAACGUCAGAAAGAUGCUUCGUGGUGCAGUACUCUUGAUGCCAGCCGACAAAAAACUCCAAGAAACAGACAGAUGGAUGUUAAGAACACUGGCUCGAUCAAACACUCGAACUUUGGUUAUCAUCACUAAAGCCGACAAGCCUGGAGAGAGGUGGCAAGAAGCAUGUCGCAACCUCCAUGGCCAGAUUCAAGACAUCAUAGGUGGACUUUCAACUCAUUCAGCUCCAAGCUGGAGGGAAGGAUCUAGCCGUAUACUCGAUGUCUAUGCCACAGCUUCCAAGAUAGCCUUUGUAUCUCGUCGUCUGGGCAAUGGUGGAGGCAUCGGGGGUGCAAGACUGGCAAUUUUGGAAAUGGCUGGCUUCUCUCUGGGGGAGAAGAUCGAGAAGCAAGCCGAGACGAAGGCUUAUUCUGGGAAGGUUGUGUCGUUUGACGAUAUUGUUUGGAAAUCUUGA